UCAUUUUCUCAAAGACAAAAAGCAAAACCGCCAGCCAAGAAAUGCCACCUCUCAUCCUCGCUGGUUUCUGAAAUUCCCAGAUCCUCAUUUCCACUUCUCCUCUUUCCCGCCCAAGCUUCUCAUUUUCCCAAGGCGUUUCGCUUCUGCUUUCAAUUUUGCUGUAUUCGAUCACCGACUUAGGGUUUACAGUGAGGGAGAUUGAGAGAGAAGGAGAGAUGAGUAGUUCUAAGAACAAUGAAAGCAAGGGCUUUUUUUCCGCCAUGACUUCCGGUCUCACCAAGUUCGGCAACGCCAUGCACCGAUCCGUCAACGGGUUGCUUGGUUAUGAAGGAGUAGAAGUUAUUAAUCCGGAGGGAGGUAAAGAAGAUGCAGAGGAGGAAGCUCAGAGAGGAAGGUGGAAGCAGGAGGAACGAGACAGUUACUGGAAGAUGAUGCACGAGUAUAUAGGUUCAGAUAUUACAUCACUGGUGACACUUCCUGUCAUUAUUUUUGAGCCAAUGACUAUGCUUCAAAAAAUGGCAGAGUUAAUGGAGUAUUCCUACUUAUUGGAUCUUGCUGAUGAAUGUGAGGAUCCAUACAUGCGAUUAGUUUAUGCCACAUCAUGGGCUAUAUCUGUCUAUUAUGCAUACCAACGAACAUGGAAACCAUUUAAUCCUAUCCUUGGAGAGACUUAUGAAAUGGUUAAUCAUGGUGGAAUUUCAUUUAUUGCAGAGCAGGUAAGCCAUCAUCCCCCGAUGAGUGCAGGACAUGCUGAAAAUGAACGUUUCACUUAUGACGUGACAUCGAAGUUGAAAACUAAGUUCUUAGGAAACUCUGUUGAUGUGUAUCCUGUUGGAAGGACUCGUGUGACUCUUAAAAGAGAUGGAGUUGUUUUAGAUUUAGUGCCUCCUCCCACGAAGGUUAACAACCUGAUAUUUGGGCGGACUUGGAUUGAUUCACCAGGUGAAAUGAUUAUGACAAAUCUAACAACAGGGGACAAAGCUGUGCUAUAUUUUCAACCAUGUGGCUGGUUCGGAGCUGGUCGCUAUGAAGUGGAUGGAUAUAUUUAUAAUGCUGCCGAGGAGCCAAAAAUAUUGAUGACAGGGAAGUGGAAUGAGUCAUUGAGCUAUCAACCGUGUGACUUGGAAGGGGAACCUAUUCCAGGCACAGAAUUGAAAGAGGUUUGGCAUGUUGCUGAUGUGCCUAAGAAUGACAAAUUUCAGUACACACAUUUCGCACAUAAAAUAAACAGCUUCAACACUGCUCCUAAAAAGUUGUUAGCAUCAGACUCUCGCCUGCGUCCUGAUAGAUAUGCACUUGAGCAAGGUGAUAUGUCCAAAGCCGGUGCAGAAAAGAACAGUUUGGAGGAGAGGCAGAGAACUGAAAAGAGACAGCGAGAGGCCAAGGGCCAUCAGUUUGCACCAAGAUGGUUUGAUUUGACAGAUGAAGUUACUCCCACACCUUGGGGUGAAUUGGAAGUUUAUCGGUACAACGGGAAAUAUACGGAACAUCGUGCUGCUAUUGAUGCAUCAGGAUCCGUUGAUGAGGUUGAUGUUAAAUCCUUAGAGUUCAAUCCAUGGCAGUAUGCUGACUUGUCUGCAGAAUGACGCAUUCCGGUUUUCAUCCUGCUUAUUGGAAUCUUCUGCAGUUGAUUGUUAUAAUAAACCUGGUGGCGUUACAUGUGGAAGCAGUGUUGUUGGUACGAUUACUUGGACGUUCCUUAGUCCUAGAUUUUUGUUGGACUUGGCCCAGUUUAUUUCCUGAGGCAAAUUCUCUUACUGUUUAUUGUUGGAAUGCUUUCCCAAAUAAACGAAAUAGUGCAAAACUAGAAUAGAAAACUGGAAGGGGUUGUAUUUUAGCCCUUUUUCUUGUUAGUACUUUGAUCAAUACUCACCCUAUGUAACGCUCUCUCUCUGUCAUGUUAAUAUUUGUAAUUUGUGUUUGCUUCUAUAUUGCCAGUUGCAAUAUUAAGAGUAUGAUUUGCCUA